AUGUCCAAAUCUGCCAUUGACACCGCGCUGAGCUCAGGGUCGGACCUAGAUGAUGUGGUCAAGCCAACGCUGUGGCAGCGCUUCACGGCUCAUAUGAAGAAAUGGUGGUGGGUGCAUGGGAUAGUGAUUAUCGUCGUUGUUCUGGUGACCGUCCUGCCGCUAGUCUAUGUAGGCGUUCCUCAUUUCGCGAACGCGUACAUCAACAAAUUCCAGUACAACGAGACAGGGUUAGCCAUCACCAACCCGCGACCCAAUGCCAUCCAUCUCAGUCAGAAAAGCAAAAUCGCAACGGGAGGAGGAUUCACGGGGAGCGGCCAUCUAGAGCCGUUCAAUGCGUCUCUCCGGGAACCGAGCACAAACCAAGAGUUCGCGGUGUUUUCUGUCCCCGAGAUCGAGUUCUCGGGCAGCGUCGAGCUGGAUAUCGACCAAGAUCUCGAACUGUUGUGUGUCGACUGUAUGUCGCAGCUGGCGAUCGCGGCGGCGACGAACCAGAGCCUCUCGGUCUUGGUGAGAGGGACUCCGGACUUGAAGUAUGGAGCUUUGCCAACGGCCCACCUGAACAUCGACAAGACCAUUAAAAUGAACGGUUACAAUGUCACUGAAUUUUUGAACUCCCCUGGGGCUUUCAAUGUCACCGGCAUCGAUCUACUGAAAGAAAAGGUCAAUGGGUACAAUGUCAACGCCACCAUUACCAUUCAAAACCCGACCCCAUUUACAGUCGAACUGGGACAUAUUGCAUUUAACCUGACAAUAGGAGAUGAUGACACGCCGCUUGGCUACGUCGAUCUCCCCAACGUGAUGCUUGAACAGGAUGUCAGCAGCACCGUCUUCUGGGGCAGCUUGGAUACCGAGAAGCUGAUCGACGAGGCUUUGACCGGCUCGGGCACUCUGGGUACAGUGACGAUUGGCGUGAAGGGUUACAGCUGCGACUACAAUGGGCAGACAAUCCCGUAUUAUGAGGCCGCUAUCAAGGCCAUCAAUGCCAAAGCGACGCUUGAUCUCUUCAAUUACGCGUCCUCCCUGUUCGAUUAG